AGUACGACCUUUUCUUCCCCCUCGGCGUAUACUGAAACACAAAAAUAUCAAUGGAUACUCAAGAUUUACCACGAUAUAUCAACUAAAAACUCGAAAGUAAUCUUUUGGCGUAAUACCUUAAUGCCGAAGUUAGUUUAGCAACCAUUCGCUUUUACCGGAACACCUGGAUUUGUUUGUUUGUUUUUUUCCGAGGAUGGAUGUUCCUCAACUCAACGAAGAUGAGAUGGCGGAGAUUAAAAGAGAUAAACCAAGUGCACUUCAGCUUGAGGUCAUAACUGAUGGCUGAACAUUCUCCAUCAGAAUUUUCUGGUUAACAGCAGAAUUCAUGGUUUCAUCAAUCACAGCAAGUUGUCAAGGUCCUGAAGAAGCAUAGCAGCCCCAGAACAUCACACUAAGCCACCUCAUCUGGCUCCUCUCGAUGUUUUCUUUUUUUUUUAAAAAACAUUUCCCAUGUUAUUUAGGGAUGCACAUGGGGAAGAGGGGAUCCUUGAAAAAAUCCCUCUCCUGUAUAGGGUUCUUGGACCCAAUACCGGGGUCGAAAACUGGACAUUAACUUUGCUAAUUUGAAAAAGAAUGAGCUCUCCCAACAUGGUCUGCCAGGUCCUGACUCGCAUGCGGCACUACCUCUGCGAGAAGAUCCGGGCACGGUGCCAUCUGGACUACCUGCGCUCCCGCCGCAUCUUGACCCGGGACGACGCAGAGGAGAUCAACAGCAAGAGCACGCAGACCAGCAGGACGGGGUGGCUACUGGACAUCCUCACCGAGAACCCCCGCGGUCUCGACGUUCUGGUUGACUCCAUCCGGGAGCUGCGCUCGCAAAACUUCGUCAUCCACAAGAUCACAGACGAAGUGCAGAAGGCCAAGAAUGAGAAGCUGGAGUCUCUCAGAGCCGGAGCUUCUAUUUCCUCACCCAAGAACAACCUCACCCCUCCAUGUACCAUCCAUGAGCUCUCCGGUACAUUUUCAAACGACUCCACCAUGCUGUUCUAUCCGGACAGACAACGAAGCCCCUCUACUUUGGAAGUCCACGCCCGCCCCAGCGCGCCGUCGCUGCCGAACGGCGGCGGUCUGACGUCUGUGGCCUCCUCCUCCAGCCUCCCCAAGCCAGGAGACCCGGGAGCUCCCGCUCUGCCCGAGGAUGAGGUGGAGCAGCUGGUGGAGUCGCCCUCCAACAUAGAAGCGGUGUCACCGGGGUCCACCAACAGCGGAGCGGAUCCCAACUUCCAACCCCUACGCUCGCGAUGUCUCACUCCCGCGUCACAUCGGAGCAACUUUUACUAGAAUAGUAUGUUUGCAUUAAAGGGACAAUCAGGUACAUGACACACCCACUAACUAGAUGUUUUGCUGCUUUUUAUUACAGUAUAAACUGCAUAAUACAGUCACUACACUGUACACCAAGACAUGCACAAGUAAUAGCUUCAUCUCUUGUGUAUUCAAUGACACCUGUGUAAUUCCCCAAAAAUACCGAAACUGUGGUAUACACUGUAAUCACGUUGAAGUUACUAAUGUCUAUUAUCUGAUUUUUAAAAUGACAAAUAUGUUCUCUGUACUCGUUUGCAGAUUUAUGUUUGUACACAAAAGACACAUUGCAGUGAAACAUAAUAAUGCCAGAGCUGUAUCCCAAAUUUAUGAAAUAAUAAUGCUCAGUUUCUAGGCAUUCAUCCAUCAAUCCACUUUUUAUUACGCUUGUCCUCCUUAGCUGUUUGUUGCUAAAAUUGGUUAAUGAAAAUGUAUUUUUUAUAUUCAUUCAUCUAAUUAAAAACAGUAAAUUGAUUUAUAUGAAAUAUGAGUUAAAUACAUUUUACAUAUAUAUUUUACAUUUUUUAUUUCAUGAAAUGGGGUUAAUUGUAAUAAAAUACUGUAAUUAUGAAUAAGA